GGCAGUUUCCCCAAUUCAGAAGACUCGAGAGUGGCCGCAGAUUACAAAUUAGGGUUCUGUAAUCUCUUUCUCCUCCCCCUUUCGGAUCAGAUUGUGGAGUUUUGUCUGUAGCUUAAAGGAUCGGGGCGAAGAUGAAGGACUUUCAUGAAAGAGAGAAUGAUACAAGGAGGAAGAGCGAUACGAAGAGGAGCAAGAACAUGAAGAGGUUGGGAGGCGGUGGUCUUUCUCUCCAAACCUUUGCUAACCUGAAGUCUAAGAACAGUCACUAUAACCCUGCUCUCAUCAAAAAGCAAAAGGAAUUCUACAAGAAUGCCAAGUAUGUGAGCAAGUUUAGGAGGUCGAUGAAGCAGCAGCAGCAGCAGCAGCAGCAGCAGCAGCAGAACCUUCAUGAGAUGAAGCCGCAGAGCUUUCAUGGAGAGUGUGAGACUGGAGAGAGUAGUAAAGUGGUUGAUGAUAAGCACAAGGGUAAAUCUCACAAGAGAAUCGGUGUUGAGGAGGUGUACAAGCAGACACGAGAAGAGAUGGAGAAAGCGAGGAUGGAGAGAGAGGCGGCCUUUCAGGCAAAGAAACAAGCCAGAGAAGAGGCUGAGUCACGGAGGAAAGCAGCCAAGGGGAAUAUGAUGAGAAAGACUAGACAUGGUCAGCCUGUUAUGAAAUACAGAAUUGAGCAUCUUCUUGAAUCAAUCAAGAAAACUGCUCAACAAGAUGGAAAUAACCACCGCAUGAGCAGCUCAUCUUGAUUGAUACACAGUGCAGAUCAAGAAAAACCUUGCUUUCCCUUUCAGACACUGAUGUUCUUCUUGCCAAACACAUUACUACUUAUUUGAAUUUUGCGUCUUGUGUUGGUUUAAGGUGAACGUUCUAGUUUAUGGAUGAUAGUCUUUGCAAGUAUCAGCACAUUGGUGUUUGCUUACUGUUUAUCUCAAUCAUUUUGGCUUUUCUUUGUAUUCCAAACUUUAGUACAACGGAUUUGCUUAACAGAGUACAAGGC